UCUGCUUCACAAUGCCUCUCGCUGACUCUCUCUGUCUCUCUCUCUGACUCUCUACAACUGACUCCCCAAAUCCCUAGAGUUUGAAUUGGUUCCACAGGACAAAAAAAUGGCAAAGAGCAGCAACAAAGAGGAGCCCAGCACUGCUCCACAGCCAGAGAGGUGGUACAACCUAGCCCUAGGACCUUCUUUCAAGGAUCACCAUCCCUCUUCCAAGUUUUGCACUUUACGUUAUGAAUUUAAACCAGCUUCAAUUGAUAAGAACCAAUCCGGGUCACUCCAUAAGAACAAGGACAACAGAGUUACAGUGGAAUUUCACAAUAACCAACAUGGGAAGCCCAAAGUGAGCUUUGAAGGUAUAAGUGAGGAUUACAAGGAGAAUGAUGCGGUCUUGUUCUUUGACGGUCAGACCUUUCGGUUGGAGCGGUUGCACAGGGCAGUGAAGCGGUUGAGGCAUGUUCGGCUGCCUGGUGAGUCUGCAGCUGCAGCUACCUCAGCCCCAACUGCUUUGGUUGGAGCAGCUGCAGAAUCUUAUUCACCACCACUGGAUAAAGGGGCAAAAGUUCAGUCUUUGAACAAAGGCACGGUUCAUCAAGUACCAGCUGAGUUUGAACGAAUUGAUGUUGGCAACUCAGAGUGCUUAGGUGCGAAAGCUAAAAAUGUGAAGGAUGUGGAUUAUCCACCUUCACAUCCAAAUCCAUCAACUUCGUCACCAGACUCCAAGGAUUGUGAACUGGAGGAACAUUUAGAUAUAAUAAAUGGUGACUCCGAGGAUUGUGAACUGGAGGAACAUUUAGAUAUAAUAAAUGAUGAUGAUGAUGAUGAUGAUGAUGGCUGUGGAACAGCUGAGAAAGAAAAUAUUACUAAACGGGAAUUCAACACGGGUUUUGAUAUUAACUUACCGCAUCCAGCUGACAUGGAUGAUGAGAUUGCUGAAGUAGAUGUCAAUGAUGAUGAAACAGAUAAGGGCCCUAAUGCUGCAGAAGCCCUUAGAGCUCAGGUGAAUGCUGAGGCGAGAGAGGAGCAGACUUCGAGUGCCAGCAGUAGCAGUGGGAGUGACAGUAGCGGGACUGAAAGUGGGAGCAAGAGCGGGAGCGGAAGCAGAAGCAGUAGUAGCAGCAGUGAUAGUGAAAGCAGUGAUGGUGACUCUGUCAACUCAAUCUAGUAUGAACCAAGUGGAUCACCUUGGAACUAAUUUCUGUAACCUUGGUUGACAUAAUGUGGUUUUUGCAUGGUCAAGAGCUUAUUGAAUUGAA